ACGUUAUCUCUAUCACCUCCCUCUUUAUAUACUCGCCCGCAGCCUAAUAUUUCUCUCUCAACUGAAAAUCCCUAAACAAUCCUCAUAAUCGAGUUUUGUCUAUCUCUGUUCGACAAACCCUAACCCUAACGCUCUAUCCUUUCUCGCUCCAUCACAACAUGAGCUUUCUCGAAGAAUUCCUCUAAAUCUCUCGAUUUCAGGGUUUUCGCAUUGAAGCUUUAAUCAAUCACCUUCUAUGAUAAUCAUCGCUGGACCGAGAUUGUUUUCAAGUUCGUAUUUUUUCUCGGUGAUUGAGGAUUUGACGACUUUUGGCUAAUCGGAUCGGGUUAUGAAGAUUUGAAUCGGUUGAUUUAUCAGAUUCAAUCAUUUCCCAAUCAAGAUCGAAGAAUUUUGGGGGUUAUUUUGCUUUUUCUGCGAUCUUUCAAUUACCAUUAACAAGUUCCGAACUUGUUCGAUUGAGUUAGACUACCACCUGAGGUUUCUUGUUUCAAGGCUUUGAUUGGUGUGAUUGCACUCGAAGAUAGGAACUUUCUGCAAUUGGUUCGAUUUUGAAGGGUUUCUUCGAAAAGAGGCGCGCCAAGCAAUAGACAACGAACAGAAGUUCUUCAUUAGUUGGUUUGGUUGAUUCUACUUGAGGAAGAUAGAAAACAAGAGAGUUCAAUUUUUAUUUUUAUUUUUGUAUUGUUAUCUUUUUUGAGUUGAAUAGCAGGCCCUUGUUUUUUGAGAGGCCUUUGAUUUCCCCACCCCUCUUCCUAGUGCUGUUGUUCUGAUAUCUGAUAAUAUUUUUUUUAUUAAAUUACUGGAAAGAAAAAGAAAAAGGCAAUGGCUGUGUAUUACAAAUUUAAGAGUGCUAGAGAUUAUGAUUCAAUCUCAAUGGACGGUCCAUUUAUUUCCGUUGGUACCUUGAAAGAAAAAGUUUUUGAAUCAAAGCAUUUGGGAAGGGGUACUGACUUCGACCUUGUUGUCACUAAUGCCCAAACCAAUGAAGAGUAUCUUGAUGAAGCAAUGUUAAUUCCCAAAAAUACCUCUGUAUUAAUACGCCGGGUUCCAGGAAGGCCUCGCAUGACCAUUGUUACAGAGCAAGAGCCAAAGUUGGAAACUAAAGUGGAGGACACCCUUCCAGAGAAGGGUAGUUUUACAGGUGCUGAUUCAUCUGCCAUGAAUUUUACUGAAGACAACGAAUGGGAUGAGUUUGGAAAUGAUUUAUAUUCCAUUCCUGAUGUACUGCCUGUUCAGUCUAAUAAUCCACCUCCUGAUGUGGUCCCUACAAACAAGGCUGACGAGGAUGACAGAAUUAAGGCACUAAUUGAUACUCCAGCUUUGGACUGGCAGCGUCAAGGUGCUGAUGGCUUUGGUGCUGGUAGAGGUUUUGGAAGGGGAUUUGCUGGAAGAAUGGGUGGGCGUGGUUUUGGCUUGCAGCGGAAAACACCUCCACAAGGCUAUGUAUGCCACAGAUGCAAGCUUCCUGGGCAUUUUAUUCAGCACUGCUCUACAAAUGGUGACCCUAAUUACGAUAUUAAAAGAGUAAGGCCUCCAACUGGUAUUCCAAAGUCAAUGCUGAUGGCGACCCCAGAUGGCUCAUAUGCUUUACCUAGUGGCGCAGUUGCUGUUUUGAAGCCAAAUGAGGCUGCUUUUGAGAAAGCAAUUGAAGGCUUACCUUCCACACGGCCUGUUGGUGAUCUUCCACCUGAACUUCACUGCCCACUUUGUAAGGAAGUUAUGAAGGAUGCAGUCUUAACAAGCAAAUGCUGUUUCACAAGCUUCUGCGACAAGUGUAUAAGAGAUUACAUCAUUGAACAGUCAAAGUGUGUAUGUGGGGUAUUAAAUGUCCUUGCAGAUGAUCUUCUUCCUAACAAGACUCUUAGGGAUACGAUCAAUCAUAUCUUGGAGUCUGGUAACAGUAGUGCUGAAAAUGCAGGAAGUACCUUUCCAGUUCUAGAUAUGGAGUCUGCACGCUGUCCACCGCCAAAGGUUCCAUCACCCACACGGUCUGUUGCAUCCAAGGGAGAACAACAUAAGCUGUCUCCUGGUAAUGCAGAAUCCCCAAAUUUAAACAAGGAAAUAACAGAAGAGGAGAAGCCUGUUAUUGCUUCUCAGCAAGUCCCUGAGAAAGUGAGGACUGCCAAAGCUGCAGAUGUAUCUGAGGCUACCCACGAGUCGAUGAGUGUGAAGGAGCCAGCAUCACAAGGAAGUGCUCCACUGCCUGAGGAAGAAGUGCAGCAGAAGCUGGUUCCUAUUGAGGCUGGGAAGAAAAAGAAAAGGAAGAAAGUUUGCAUGCCUCCAAAUGAUUCGUGGAGAGCUUCUCAGGAUCUUGCAGCUGAGAGCUAUGUGAUGCCCAUGGGUCCCUCUGCUUUUAAUCCGUAUUGGAGUGGCAUGCAACCUGGAAUGGAAGGAUACAUGCCUCCUUAUCCAGGUCCAAUGCCAUAUAUGGGUUAUGGAUUAAGUCCCUUGGACAUUCCAUUUGGGGGUGUUAUGCCUCCAGAUCCUUUUGGAGCCCAGGGUUAUAUGAUGCCUAUUGUUCCACCUCAGAGGGAUCUUGCUGGAUUUGGAAUGAAUAUGAAUCUUGGACCUCCUCUAAUGAGCAGGGAGGAAUUUGAGGCCCGCAAAGCUGAUGUCAGGAGACGUCAUGAAAAUGAGAGACGAGCUGAGAGGGUGUUUUCCAGAGAUCGGGCAUUGGGUAGGGAAGUGAGCAGCAGUGGUGAUGUUUCUUCAAUGAAAUCUAAGUCAAUACCACAAUCCAGCGGCGAUCCCCACCAUCAUCACCGUCGCCGGUCUGAGAGAUCAUCACCAGAACGGUCAGCACGAGAGCUUGACCCUUUACCACCGCGCCCGUCUAAAAGAAAGUCCGACCACCACCAUGAACACAGCGACAGAGAUGCUGAUGAUUUUGAAUGCCACAAGCGUGACCGCAGUGACCGUGAUCACCGCCACCACCCCCGCAAUCGCUCAGAAUCCUCUUCCAAAGCUGUCUCUGAGACAACCACUAAGCCAGCUUCAACAACAGCAACAGACCGCAAUCAUAAAGUAAGUGUGUUCUCUCGCAUUAGCUUUCCAGCAGAAGAAGAACCCGCCAGUAAGAAGCGCAAGGUUUCUUCCUCUAGUGAAGCAGCACCAGCGGGUGGUGGCGGCGGCCCUGCAUCUUCUGCACAUCACAAGUCAUCAUCUCCAGUUAAUAAUGGCUACUAUGAUGACUAUAAGUCAUCUUCUGUGAAGGCUAGAACGAGCAGUAGCAGUGCUGCUGCAGCUGCCAUGGACUACGAGUCCAGUGAUGAUGACAGGCACUUUAAGAGGAAGCCCUCUAGGUGUGAGCCAUCACCACCACCUCCAGUAGAGUGGGAGGAGGUUAAGCAUUCAAGAAGGGAAAAGGACCGGAGGCAUAGAUAGAGAAAGGAAGAUUGUCUUUUUGGUUUAUACGAAAGCUGGUCUUUUUGUUGAAGGAAAAUGAAAGCCAGUGGAGCAGCUGUCUUCCUGUUAUUGGAGCAAGGUGGAGUUGUAUUAGUUGUUUGUGGCCAAGUGGAUUCUCUCUUGAGAAAGGUGGAAAUUAUGUGGAAGAUUGUACAUGGAAUAAAAUGCUUCAAAAAUCAAAAUGGGAGGGACAACUGUGCAAUUCGAGAGAAGGCGAUGAUUCUAUCUAUGGCAUGCGAGUUUGUAACAAAUGACCCGAUAUUUUGAGUUUUGUACUCCCAUUUUAAGCUUAUAUAAUAAAUUCAAAACUAAUUUCCUCCCAAA